AUGACAGGCCAGGCCGAUAUCACUUUAUCAGGCUUUCAAAAGGGCUUCAGUUAUGACUGGUUUCAAGGGGCCCUUUCUUUCACAAUUCAUUCCCUUGAUGUUCUUGAGUUCCAGAAAUUUCUUCACAACAUCAAACUUAACUGGGAAGAGGGAAAUGGAUUUCUCAAGGAUUUCUGGGAACAAGCAUUCAGUUGUUCAUUUCAACAUGACCAGAAGCCAUUGGAGCCCAAUGGGUCAUGUACUGGUGAGGAGCAGUUGGAGGAUAUCACUGGGCCAUUUUUUGAAAUGCAUAUGACUGGCCACAGCUACAGCAUCUAUAAUGCUGUCUAUGCUGUUGCUCAUGCUUUGCAUGCCAUGUCCCCAGUUCUAUACAAUCACAGAGAAACUCUGAGUGAGAAAAGGAUUGACCCUGAAGAUCUUCAGCCUUGGCAGCUCCACCCAUUUCUUCAAGAUAUUUCAUUUAAUAACUCAGCUGGGGAAACUGUGUCUUUUAAGAAGAAUAAGGAACAGGGGACUGGGUUUGACACUGAACACCUCAUCAUAUUCCCAAACAAGUCAUUCCAAAGAGUGAAAGUUGGAAGGUUGGAUCCCGGUGCUGUUGAAGGAAAACAAUUUGUCAUUCGUGAAAAUAUGAUCAAUUGGAGAACUUCUAGCAAGGCAUUGCCCUUAUCAGUUUGUAAUGACCACUGCUACCCUGGUUAUCACAAGCAAAUGAAGGAAGGAGAGAAGUUUUGUUGCUAUGCUUGUGUUCCUUGUCCAGAAGGAAAAUUUUCAGACAGGAAGGACAUGGCUGACUGUACCAGAUGCCCCGAAGAUCAAUAUCCAAGCAACAACCAAGAUCAAUGCAUCGUCAAAUCAAAAACCUUCCUAUCAUCUGAAGAACCUUUAGGGAUCACUUCAGCAGUUUCAGCUGCUUCCAUAUCUUUGACUGCAGCUGUAAUGCUAGGGAUUUUUGUUAAGCAGAGAGACACCCCCAUAGUCAAAGCCUACAACCGGAAUAUCACUUAUACACUCCUUGUCUCUCUCCUGCUCUGCUUCCUCUGUCCUUUUUUAUUUCUCGGAGAACCAAGCAAAGUGACCUGCCUUUUCCGACAAACUGCCUUCACCAUCCUCUUCACAGUGGCUGUUUCUUCCGUCUUGGCCAAAACCAUCAUUGUGGUUGGAGCAUUCAUGGUCACCAAACCAGGGUCUAGCAUGAGAAAAUGGUUGGGGAAAAAGCUGACCAACUGCAUCCUUCUAUUUUGUUCUUUCAUUCAAGUUGCCAUAUGUACAGUGUGGCUAGCAACCUCACCCCCUUUCCCAGAUUUUGACAGACAGACACUGACUAGAGAGAUUGUGGCAGAAUGUAAUGAAGGGUCUGUUGUGAUGUUUUCUAUUGCCUUGGGUUACUUGGGACUUCUAUCUAUCAUCAGCCUGAUUGUGGCUUUUCUAGCGAGGAACUUGCCUGAUUGUUUUAAUGAGGCCAAGUUCAUCACUUUCAGCAUGCUCAUCUUUUGCAGUGUUUGGGUAUGCUUUGUUCCAACCUACCUGAGCACCAAAGGGAAAUACCUGGUAGCCAUGGAGAUCUUCUCUAUCUUGGCUUCAGGUGCUGGGUUAUUGGGUUGUAUCUUUUUGCCCAAAUGCUUCAUUAUUCUGCUAAAACCUGAGCUGAACAAGAAGAAGCUGCUAAUUUGUAGAAAGAAUUGA